AUGGGAGUGAAUGACUUGUGGCAAAUUUUGGAGCCCGUUAAGCAGCAUGUCCACUUGUGUGGUCUUGCCGGGAAAACCAUUGCAGUUGAUCUGAGUCUCUGGGUUUGUGAAGCACAGACAGUCAAGAAAAUGAUUGGAACAGUUGUGAAACCCCACCUCAGGAACUUAUUUUUUCGUAUCUCAUAUUUAACACUUAUGGGUGUAAAAUUGGUGUUUGUUAUGGAAGGGGAACCCCCAAAGCUAAAAGCUGAUGUCAUAAACAAGAGGAAUCAGAUGAGAUAUGGGUCUUCUGGAAAAACAUGGUCUCAGAAAACAGGGAGAUCACAUUUUAAAGCAAUCUUAAGAGAGUGUCUUGAGCUGCUGGAAUGCCUAGGAAUUCCCUGGGUGCAGGCUGCUGGGGAGGCGGAGGCCAUGUGUGCGUACCUCAAUGCUGGUGGUCACGUGGACGGCUGCCUUACCAAUGACGGAGAUGCUUUCCUUUAUGGGGCCCAGACUGUUUACAGGAAUUUCACUAUGAAUACCAAGGACCCACAUGUUGACUGUUACACGAUGACGUCUAUCAGGAAUAAACUUGGUUUGGAUAGAGAUGCUCUUGUGGGGCUGGCUGUACUACUGGGCUGUGACUACCUUCCAAAGGGAGUCCCUGGAGUUGGAAAAGAGCAGGCGUUAAAACUUAUACAAAUUUUGAAAGGGCAAAGUUUACUUCAGAGGUUUAAUCAGUGGAAUGAAAAAUCUUGUUCCUCUAAUCCACAACCACUAGUUGUUAAAAAACCAGCUCAUUGCUCUGUGUGUUCCCAUCCAGGGUCACUUAAGGAUCAUGAACGAAAUGGAUGCAAACUGUGUGAAAGCGAGCGAUACUGUGAGCCACAUGACUAUGAGUACCGCUGCUCCUGUGAGUGGCACCAGUCUGGGCGCGACGGGCAGCUGCAUGCCAUAGAGGACAGUGUUAGGACAAAAGCUUGCAGUUGUGAAGGAUUCCCAUUCCAUGAGGUUAUUCAAGAAUUUCUCUUGAACAAGGAUAAGUUGUUGAAGGUAAUCAGGUACCAAAGACCUGAUUUAUUACUGUUUCAGAGAUUUACUCUUGAAAAAAUGGAGUGGCCCAAUCCCUAUGCAUGUGAAAAAUUGUUGGUACUUUUGACCCACUAUGACAUGAUAGAAAGAAAACUUGGUAGAAGAAACUCUAGUCAACUGCGGCCAAUUCGGAUCAUUAAAACCCGAAUCAGAAAUGGUGUUCAUUGCUUUGAAAUAGAAUGGGAAAAGCCUGAACACUAUGCUACAGAAGAGAAACACGAGGGGCUGGUUGUACAAACAAUAGAAGAAGAAUCACUGUUUGAGGCAGCUUAUCCCGAGGUUGUUGCUAUAUACAAAAAGCAGAAGUUAGAAAUUAAAAAAGAGAAGAAACAAAAAGUUAAACCUAAAGAAAACAGUGUUCCAGAACCAGACUAUAUGAUGAAUUUUCAGUCACGCCUGGGUUUAAAGCCUUCCUGUGGGAUCAUUUCUAAUCAGAAUUCCAAUUUAAAUUUGGAGGUUUCUGAUUCAUUGCCCCUGGGACCUGUUUCUUUGCCACUGAAUAAUUUGCUCUCACCUGAAGACACUCCCUGCUUGAAUCCACAAGAACAAUUAAAGUCUUCCCUCAAACCUUUUGCCCUGCAACAAGUUAAGAACAGGUGUAAGUAUCUAAGUUCAGAUUCUGAACAACCGAAUACUUCCACCUGUAAUGUAUCGGCAGUUGCUGACUUACACUUGAGCACCAUUGACUGGGAAGGUACUUCUUUUAGUAAUUCUCCAGUUAUUCCAAGGAACACUUUCUCUCCUGGUUUAAAAUCAGAACUUGAAACAGCCAUCUCGGAGGGCUUUAAAAAUAACUCAGAACUAUUGUCAUCUGAAUCAAAACUGAGCAGAACACACAGCGAUGAAGUAGUGCAGUGGACUCUUCAAAAGACUGAUCCCGAAGAGCAUCUCCUUUCUGGCAUUACUGACUUACAUCUUCAGGACUUACCGUUAAAGGAACGAGUCCAUAUCAAAUCAUCUCAUGUUCAGGAUUAUGUUCAGUCAAAUGCCAACAUGAAAGCUCUGUCCCUACUCAAAGUAAAAGAACCUUGCACUACUUCCAGCUGUUCUGAUAGUCAUCUUUCAAAAGCUCUUCUAGGAACUCACUUGCAAAAAGAAUCUAGAAACUCAAACGUUCUCAAAGGUGACCAGCUAUUUCAAGAAAAGUAUAACGUGAAUACUUCUAUACCUUAUUCUGUCGAUAACCCAAUAGUGGAAACCUCCCAUGAUAGAUUUGAACCAGCAAGUACUGCUUUAGAUCACAGUAGAGAAAUUGGCAUGCCAACUGCUCAGAAAAGCGUCACAAAGGAGAGUGUUUGCCUCGACAGGCAGUCUUCUGAUGAAGAAAGUAUCCCAGUGUUUGGGAAAACUAAGUACAAGACUCAAAAAAUGAAGCAGAGUUCUCAGAAGCAUAACCUAGCCAGGUUCAAAAGCAGUAAUGGCAACAAAUUGAAUUGUCCUAAGAUACCUAUCAAAGAUGCUGAACAGUGUGUCCAGGCUUACAGAACAUCUGAAGAUCCAAAUGGUUUCCCAGAAGCAUCAAAACCAUCCUUAAGUUCUCUACAGUGUCAUAAGGAAAAAUAUGAUACGUGUUUAGAUAGUCCUCUUCCUUUAUGUCAGAGACUAAAACUGAAGUUCCUAAACACUUGA